CUAAAACAGGGCCGGUGCCGGCAGAUCAUCUGUUAGGUGGUGUGUCAGAUUUUGCAGACGGGAGAACGAGGCGACAUUUCCCCGGAGGAACUCUCCAAGUGUUGGAAACUUCCCAGCGCAGCAUCGAUCGAGGACCUCCCGCCCACUUUACCUCUGAUCCACAGCACUUGAAGGUGGGGGGGAGAGAGGGAGAGAGAGAGAGAGAGAGAGAGAGAGAUCUGCAGCGGCUGCGGUGGAUGGAGCAACAAAGGCUGGAUGGUUAAACUAGAAGAGCUCCUUUUGAUAAGAACCCAACUCUCCUUUCUCUCCUCGCCGGCUGUUUCCUGAAAGACUCCAUCACCUAAACGGCAGAUCUGCAGCCGCUCGGAUCUCGUUUGCGGGGACCCGGCCAGGUUCUACUUACGGCAAACUCUCCGCCAGCCCGGGAAUCGCCGCAGACGUGAAAUUGAUGCUUUGGUACGGCGAGGCGCACCACCGAUCCUCUAGUUCUGCCAGAGUCCGCUACUGCUCAGUGAGGGUGGUAGACUAGUGUGGGGCCGAAGUGGGAUUUGCAGAAGUUGCAUGCUUGGUCUUUGUCGUCUCGAGUGAGCCCUGUCCAUCCGCUCUCGGGUUGCCAGAGAAGAUCCGGAUAGUUGAGGUGCCAUGGCGAUGUGUGUGGGGAUGUGGAUACUCCUGUUGGCGCUGCACAUCCAAGCUGGCAAUGGACAGAUGGUACAGAUGGACCCCAGCAAGUCUGGCUUUGUGGGUUCACAAGUGGAACUGCGCUGCAUUUUCAUCAACAGUAACCCACCAGUCAAGAUCUCUCAAGUCACCUGGCAGAAGCUGCUCAACGGCACCAAACAGAACGUGGCCAUAGCCAACCCGGCGCUCGGUGUGUCUGUCCUGCCGCCCUUCAAGGAGCGGGUCAGCUUCAAGCAGGCAGCGGUUCGUCAUCGUACGCCCUCGCUGGAGGACACCACCAUCGUGUUCUCUAACCUGCAGCUGUCUGAUGAAGCUGCAUACAUCUGCGAGUACACCACUUUCCCUGCUGGCAACCGGGAGAACAUGGUCAACCUCACUGUAUUUGCUCGUCCUAUGACACGUAUGACCUUGACAACGCCCACGAUUGUGGCCAGAGCUCAGAAACGCAAGAUGACUGUUGCCACCUGUGUAUCAGCCAACGGCAAGCCCCCGAGUGUGAUCAAAUGGGACACCAGGUUGAAGGGCGAAGCCACUUUCCAGGAGACUCGCAACCAAAACGGGACGGUGACAGUACGGAGCAACUACGUGGUGAUACCGAGCCGCGAGACCCACAAGCAGAAGCUCACUUGCAUCGUGACAUACCGAAAUGAAAAGAUCACAGACAGCGUGGUGCUCAACGUGCAGUAUGAACCUGAGGUGAAGAUCGAGGGCUUUGAUGGAAACUGGUACCUGAACCGUCAGAAUGUGCAGCUGACCUGCAGGGCCGAUGCCAACCCCCCUGUCACGAUCUACCAGUGGAAACUCUUGAAUGGCUCCCUGCCCAGUAAUGUGGAGAUCAAGAACAACACCCUCUUCUUCAAGGGCCCCGUGACCUACGACCUGGCCGGCACGUACGUCUGUGACGCAACCAACGGCAUCGGGACUCGCACCGGCGUCGUGGACGUCAACAUCACAGAGAUGCCACUGCCGCAGGGUCCCCCAGGUGGUGUUAUCGGGAUCCUUGGAGGUGUCGUUGCCAUUGGACUCAUCAUUGGCGUGGCCGUUACUGUUUUCAUGGUCCAUCGGCGGCAGCAGAAGACCCGCACUGAGACAGAUAAUGACCUGACCGACCUCCCACCCGCCCACAAACCUGCCCCUCCCCCACCCAAAAAGAAGAACAGUGACAUGAAGGGACACUUGACAUCGGAUGACAUCCAGGACUGUGGCAGGCGUCCAGAAGAGUUGUUGAACCCGGCUGAAUACAUGAGUUACCAGCGCAUCUGCAACACGGAACACUUUCCCGAGUCCAAGCCCACUCCAGCCUACCCUCCCGUCACGUUCCUGCCUCAGCACCCCUACGCGCAGCAACCGUCCGACGAGCCCAUGUACUCCAACACGAGCUUCCCCGGCCCUCGAGCUCCGUUCACCUUCCCCAAGGAGCAAUCCGUUUGACACGCCACAUAACUCUGCAGCUCUGCGAGAGGCAACGUGAUAGUGCCACGAAAGCUUCAUGAAAAGCAAAGCUUUGCCGAACAGAUGUGCAUCCAUCCCCACCUCGCUUCUGUUUAUUCUUUACGCUUAACGCACGUGAGGGCUUCCCCCUGCUAUGAUGAAAGAGUCUGUAACUUGUGGCCCUCAAUCCCUUGUGUAUGGUGCACUGUUUGCUCCACUGAGGCUGUGUGAUGUUAGUGUAGCCGACACCAACUUCCCUCUCCCACCACUCUAACCCUCACCCCUCGCACGUGACCGCUCACCCUUCGAUUGCUUCCUCACCUGUGAAUAUUUUCCUUCUUUGCCAGCCGUCUAAACUGUGUACAGAAUAUGCCAUUGUAUCACUCAAGAUGUUAUUUUUUCUUUUUUUUCUUUUUUUUUUUACAUUUCCCGCACUUGUAGUGACCUUUCAUAGACACGUGCUACUUUUGUUUGUUUUCUGUUUGUCUGUCAAUCAAAUGCUUGCUUCUUUGAAAGUCAUAUGCUAUACUGUUUGUGUGAUGGUGAAAAAACAAUCAAAAAAAACAAAAAAACAAAAAGAAACGCCAUUUGAUUUGUAAAGCUAAUUAUCAAUCUAUAAUGACAUGGACUACCCCUUUAAUGACAGUUAAUGACAGGGUUGUUAUGUGAAGACGUGAAUUGGCAGUCUCUGAAUCCUUCAUUACUUCUCAUAAUAGCUUUGCUGUUAUGGAGUUUGACUGGAUAUUUCAGACUAUUAGAAGCGAAUGUUAUCCUCAUUAGCUACAAAGAAAAACCAAGGGCUUUAGAUCCAGCGGUAUCUACUUUCUCCUCUUUCUCCAUGUAUUAUUCUCCAUCCAUCCUGGUUAUCAUCAUUAUUAUUAUUAUUAUUAUU